CUAGGUCGAUGUUCGAGAGAAAACUGUAAAUAUCUACACCCUCCCCCGCACUUAAAAACCCAGCUAGAAAUCAAUGGACGGAACAACCUUAUACAGCAAAAGACAGCCGCCGCAAUGCUCGCACAGCAGAUGCAAUUCAUGCUCCCAGGCGCACAGCUACAGCCAAUCACCACAUUCCCUGUGACUCCAUCGCUUGCAACUAGCCCAUCCAUGGCUUUCAGCCCAUACCUAAAUCAUGUCUCCCCAGGCAUGGGCUUGGUCCCUGCAGAGCUUCUACCAAAUACACCUGUGCUGGUCUCUGGAAACCCUGCUGUUAACGUGCCAGGAGACUCUGCUGGGCAGAAGCUGGUACGCACAGACAAACUAGAGGUUUGCAGAGAGUUCCAGCGCGGAAACUGUACCCGUGGUGAGAAUGACUGUCGUUAUGCUCACCCCAUUGAUCUUGCUACGAUCGACACAAAUGAGAACACUGUAACAGUCUGCAUGGAUUACAUCAAAGGCCGAUGCUCUAGGGAGAAAUGCAAGUACUUUCAUCCCCCUGCGCACCUGCAAGCCAAAAUAAAGGCAGCUCAGCACCAGGCCAUGCAGCCUGGAGCACUUCAACCCCUACCAAAGAGGCCAGUGCUUGAAAAAAGUAACGGGGCCACCACGGUUUUUAAUCCGAGUGUUUUCCACUAUCAACAAGCUCUAGCCAAUAUGCAGUUACAACAACACACAUUUAUCCCUACAGUACCCAUGAUGCACGGUGCUACGCCCUCCACUGUGUCUGCAGCAACAACAUCUGCCACCAGCAUGCCCUUCGCUGCAACUGCUACAGCCAAUCAGUAGACCAUGUUGAAAUUCUAAACAGCAGAAUUGUGGAGCACCAGAAUUUGUCUGUGGGAAGCUGCACUUGGCCUUUCUGUAAAUACUCUCUUCUGACAUCGUCUGCCACCGCUACAGUAAGCCUGCUGCAGCCUUCAUGUUAACCAAAAAAUUCAAAACCAUGGGAAUGUCUGAAAACAGCACUAUGAAAAAAUAAAAUAAAUAUAUAUAUAAAAAAUAAUAAAA